UCUUAUAUCUUGGUCUUGCACGAGGUUUGGCUUUCUUGAUUGUUCUUAGUUAAUACUAAUAUCAAUGGAAGGCCAAUAUAGUCAAGGAUUGUUGACUAACACCAAGCAAGUGAUUCACUCAUUGCUGGUUUCAUCGCCAAAUAAAGUUACAAUUGAGAAAUUGAUGCAAGAGUACAUCAAUAUUGAAGGCCGCCCCGUACCGUAUGCUUCUCUGGGAUACAAAAGCUUGGAACAUUUCUUGCGUUCGCUACCAGAUAUAGUUUAUGUUUCCGGCACCGGGCUUAGAGCCAUCGUUUUCCCAGUAAGCAAUCAAAAAACCGCUCACAUUGAAACUUUGGUUCAGGCACAAAAAAAACCUAGUUUAAGGACAAAGGGUCGAGGAAAGUCCUCACUUAGCUAUUCCUUCCAACGCUCGAACAUUGCUUUUGUAAACGCACGCCCUAACUACAGAAAUUAUUAUCUGAGCAACAAUAGGCCGACCUUUACCAAUCGGCCAAAUCCACAGUUUCCUCAACCACCCACUCAGACACUUAAUUUUCCCAAAAACAACAACAAUGUCCAAUAUAAAAGGCCAGUGGAACAGGAGACGAACAUCAUAACAGCAUCUUUAAAUAAAAUGUCGAUAAAUAGUGUCAAGCAAUCAUUGCCAGAAGAAGACGAAGACAAACCUGGUAUCUGGAUAUCUGAUGAAGAUACUGAGGACACACAGCCGGAAAUAAACCAUUCAAAAGCUGAAACUAAAGAAAAUGUCAAAGAGUUUGAAAAUCAACCGCCCACAUCCGCAACCCAUAUUUAUAGUAAUUCCCGCGAUGAUUCAGAUAAUGAUGGGGAGGAGGCUGUACCAGCAUAUGCUUUAGACCAGCGAAUCUUUGACGUUGAUUAUCCGCAAAGUGCUGUUCGUUUAAAUGUAAAGCUACCCCAACGUGAUAUUGCUGAACUAAACGAGCAGGAUCGCAUCGUUGUGCAAGUGGUUAUGGUAGAAUCACCGUAUUGCUUCAACAUUUGGAUAAAGGACAAACAAUUCGAGGAACAUAAGGCCAUGUGGAACAGCAUGCAGCAAUUCUACAACAGUGAGGAUUCUAAGUAUCAAAUGCCGACAUCCCUUAUAAUGCCUGGUCAUUUGUGCGUUGUUCGCUCACAUGUUGGUGCCUGGGAGCGUGCAGAAAUCAUCAAAUUCCAGCUUGGCAGUGGAAAUGAAGUUAAGGUGAAACUUGUUGACACGGGCGAAGCUUUAGCUGUACCUCACACGCAGAUAAUGUAUCUGAAAAAUGAUUACGCCAUUUUACCGGGUCUAUUUGUACGUGCUCGCAUGGCUUGGAUCGCGCCUUGGCAGGGAACUGUGUGGUCUCUAGCAGCCACAAAAUAUUUCACUCUGCUUGUCAGCUAUCGACAUCUAUAUGGAAAAAUUGAGAAAAUAGAUAAUACACAGGACGUUAAUACUCUAUACUUGGUUCUCGUUGACUCGAACUUAGAGGAAGUUAGGAAGAAUGUGAACGCGGAUUUUAUCGAAUCUAGAUAUGCGCGACGCCGUUGUUCUCCCUGAGCCCUCAUACAAAUCCAUUCUGUUUUGUUUUUGUUAUAUAUUAUGAGUAAUCAGUCUACAUGAAAUGACUAAAAAGUAUCAAUUUCAUUUGUUAGCCCCAAUUUGUUGCAGUAAAAUCGAGUUAAUUAUGCUUAAUUUCUGUUUAAAUGUACUAGAAAUGAAACUACAUUUUGGAUUAUUUUUAAGGCAAACGCUGUCCUUCU